AAUUAACCAUUCCCAGCCCGAAUACAUUUUUUUUUUUUCGAUCAAAUGUCUGGAGGAUAGCAGAGAACUAGAACACCAUGGCAACGUUUGUAAACAACAUACCACAAUAUCUACCAGUGGCAGUUGGUUGCUCCGUGACUGAUCCUUACCCUCCGCUGUCAGCCGUUUAGAAUAAGCACAUCCACAGGAGUAUCGCGUAUCAUUUAUUUUCCAGCCCACUAACCGAACAAACAAUGGACAUUAAGGAUAGCAGUGAGGACGAAGAAGCACAAAAUAUAUCUGCAUUUAGCCAAUUUGAUGAAAGUAUCGAGGUACGCAACGCCGAAGAAAUCAAGAGCCCUGUGAACACAGCUAUGUCGACAUUGAAACGAAGUCCAAAAAAUACCAGUAGCCACAGCUCAUUGAAGAUUGGGGUUGGAAGUCUACGAGGCAAUCUCAGUCCCCCACAGCCUUCAAGAUAUUCGAACAAGCUUACGGACCACGUUGAACCCACAUCGUUUGGCAAGUCAAGCGCACUCAUGAAUGAUGCUUCUGAUAGUGAAGAGACGGAUGAUGAUGAUAUACAAGGUGGAACAACCAAAGGUUUUGAAACUUAUGAUCCAAAGGAAUUUGAAGAUCUUCACGUAUCAGCUGAAAUCAAAGAACUUUUCGAGAAUAUCACAAGAUUCUCACCGCAGAAAAUUGACCUUGACUACAAGCUCAUUCCGUUCGUGCCCGACUACAUUCCAGCAGUCGGCGAUAUUGAUGCUUUCAUUAAAGUUCCGAAACCCGAUGGUACCGCUGAUAAAGUAGGGCUAGUCGUUCUGGAUGAGCCCUGCGCCAAUCAAUCGGAGCCUGCCGUUCUGGAUUUGCAAUUGCGAAGUCAUAGUACAAGUUCAGGACCUAUGAAACAGGCAGUGAUCAAGCGCAUUGACGAUCCGGAAAAAAAUUCCAAGUCUAUUGAAAAGUGGAUUAACGAUAUGAACCAGUUGCACACAAAUAGGCACCCGCUUACAGUACAUCUCUCAAAACCAACAGUUGACAUUGAUACGCUCAUGCAACAAUGGUCUGCAGACGUAGACGAACGAUUGGAAAACACUUCGGUUGAAUUGUCACAGCUAGAUUGUGACUUGCCCCGUCUCGUCGACAUUGCUUGUACCCUCGUCGAUAUUCCAGUCUACCCAGAUGCCAGAAUGGAAGCACUGCACACGAUGUUUACCUUGUUUUUAGAAAUUAGAGAUCAUCAAUAUUAAUUCUAUCGCAGUAGACAUUGAAUAAUAGUAAUAAUUUCUAAAAUUAGUUUUUUUUUUUGUUUCAGAUCACUCUAAUCCUUUGUUGCACAGUGGUACGUACGUACAACCUAUAUUCCAUGGCUCUGGCGUUGCCUAAGCUCCUUGUAACGUCAUUUAUGGGUGAAACUUACUUUCUAUACGUUGUUAGGGGACUUAAAAAUGCAUGUGUAACAUCAAUAAAUAAUCAUUUAGGAUGUAAAGACAAAUAAAUACGAUUUUGAAAAUUUA